CAAAACACACAGACAUCAACGCAAUCAUCAACACACCGUGUCACCAACGCUCGUUCGCCCAAGCUUGCAAAAGAGACCAUGACGAAUCCAGUGUCUGACCAUGUUGACACCAAUAAAAGCCAAACUCGGAAACCAGACUUAGCCAAAGUCAAGGUGGAGCUCAGAUUGUUCCUUUCCGCUUUCAGCGUUUGGGACUUUCUUGAUCCACGAAAACCUUGGGUGUUGGUCCCUCGAGGGUCUCCUCUGGGAGUCUUUGACUUUGUCCCUCCAGUGUUCCGUGAAGGUCCAUGGGCGGUUCUACCAAUCGUUUACAUUGCAUCAACUGUCUAUCUUGCGUCCUUCAGCACCGUUUACCAUUGCGCAAAGUAUGGGUUUGAAAAUCUACCACAAGGCCACUACGAUGCAUUUACAGCUCCAUGGUAUCUGAAUCUUGCAGGAUUUCUAUGGACGCUAUAUGUGUUUUGUGAUGUAUUUGUUUCUGGAUUUGGAGCUGCUAGUGUGGCAACCUUCACAGUACAAUCGUAUUUCCUGCUGUGCUUGCGGUAUGGGCUAUCAGCAUUGGCACCGUUUGUUGAAUCCAGAAAGCUUGCUGUGGUCAACGAGCUAUUACGAUAUCCAGUCCUCAACCAAGCCACCAUAACUUUUGUCGUUUUCAAUGCCAUCUUGGCGCCUGUCUGCCUAGUGUGUCUAGUAGACGGAGAAAAGCGAAAAAACUUCAUCAAGUACUGUACAAACUUUCGGUUGAUUCAACUGCACUGUUUCAACAUCGUGUUCGCUGUCUAUAGUGGUGUAUGGGGAAGUCCACAGAGAUCAUUGCAGUGGACGGACCUGCACGCAGCCGCUAUUUUGACACUUCAGUACGGUCUCUUCUAUAUUUUUAUUCUUGACAGGUUGGGAAUACACUUGUACUUGAUAAUUUCUCCAAGGACCAACGUCUCUCUUAUUUCAUGGUUUCUAAUCACCGCAGCCACGCUUGGUCUCCAUUCGUUUUGGGAUGACAUUAUCAAGAAAUACGGAGGAUACUGGGACUCGUCUCUAACAGUUGCUGAGUGAUAAGUCGUCGCAACAUCAAGCUCGGACCAAUGCCCUUGGCAGCGGCAGAUGAAGCCUGAAGGCAGCUUGGGACGCUGCACGGUGCAGGGUUGUGUCUGGGACAGUACACUCGGGUACUCCAAGGCACUCUACUGUCGGGUACACCAAGGCACGAUGAUUGGUCUUGCAAAAAGUCUUGCAUCUCCGCUGAGCUAAAGGAAGCACCCGUAGUGUGUAUUGCUGAUUUCCAGCGCGGUAUCAACCGCAUGGUACAGGAAAAAGACAGUGUCUUGCCCGAACCCGAUAUCAAUGCACAUAUCUUCACCAAUGCACACAUCUUGUUGUAGCUUGAAACUGCCAGCUGAUUGUCAAGGGAAAGAAAAUGUGGUUCCUGGAGGUAGUAGAGUACCGUACCGUACUACCGGUAGGCCUUGAACUGUGGAUUGUUACAUACAUUUUUUGCCACUUUUAGUCUUCAUGAAAACAUAAACUUCACCCAUUCAUGUAACCAAUCCUUCAUCGCUUCAACCAACCAUCUAUUGGAAUGUAAGCAC